CUUGGAGUAGGAAGCUUGGGCGCUUCGGCUGUAAGGAACCGCGGCUGGGGGAAAAUGGAUCCCUUUACUAACGAUCUGCUUCAGCUCCCCAGGAAUAUGAUUGAAAACAGCAUGUUUGAGGAAGAACCAGAUGUGGUAGAUUUAGCCAAAGAGCCCUGUUUACAUCCUCUAGAGCCUGACGAGGUGGAGUACGAGCCCCGGGGUUCAAGACUGCUGGUGCGGGGUCUUGGUGAGCAUGAGAUGGAUGAGGAUGAAGAGGAUUAUGAGUCAUCUGCAAAACUGCUGGGCAUGUCCUUCAUGAACAGAAGCUCAGGCCUUCGGAACAGUGCAACCGGCUAUAGGCCGAGCCCAGAUGGGACUUGUUCUGUACCAUCUGUGAGGACCAUGGCGGUCUGUGUUUUUCUUAUUGUGGUUGCUGUUUCUAUAAUCAUGGUGAUUUAUCUACUGCCCAGGUGUACCUUUACCAAAGAAGGCUGCCAUAAAAAAAACCAAUCAAUGGGACUAAUUCAGCCACUUGCAACAAAUGGAAAGUUGUUUCCUUGGGCACAAGUCAGGCUUCCCACUGCCAUUAUUCCACUACGCUAUGAACUUAACCUACACCCAAACCUAACCUCGAUGACAUUCAAGGGUUCUGUGACCAUUUCACUUCAGGCUCUUCAGGCCACGUGGAAUAUCAUUCUUCACAGUACAGGCCAUAAUAUUUCGAGAGUGACCUUUAUGUCAUCAGUUUCAAGCCAAGAAAAACAAGUUGAGGUCUUGGAAUACCCAUUUCAUGAACAAAUUGCCAUUGUUGCCCCUGAAACCCUUCUUGAAGGACACAGUUAUACCUUGAAGAUAGAAUAUUCGGCGAAUAUAUCUAGUUCUUACUAUGGGUUUUAUGGAAUCUCCUACACAGAUGAAAGUAAUGUGAAAAAGUACUUUGCAGCAACUCAGUUUGAACCCCUGGCAGCAAGAUCUGCUUUUCCUUGUUUUGAUGAACCAGGAUUUAAAGCCACAUUUAUCAUCAGGAUCAUAAGGGAUGAGCAAUAUACUGCUUUAUCAAAUAUGCCUAAGAAUUCAUCAGUCAUCAUGGAAGAUGGACUUGUUCAGGAUGAGUUUUCCGAGAGUGUGAAAAUGAGCACUUACCUUGUUGCAUUCAUUGUUGGGGAAAUGAAGAACCUGAGUCAGGAUGUAAAUGGAACCCUGGUAUCUAUAUAUGCUGUACCAGAAAAGAUUGGUCAAGUUCACCAUGCCUUGGAAACAACUGUGAGGCUUCUUGAAUUCUAUCAAAAUUACUUUGAAAUUCAAUACCCACUUAAGAAAUUGGAUUUGGUGGCUAUUCCUGACUUUGGAGCAGGAGCAAUGGAAAAUUGGGGUUUGCUCACCUUCCGAGAAGAAACACUUCUGUAUGACAAUAAUACUUCUUCAGUAGCGGACAGAAAACUGGUUACUAAAAUCAUUGCUCAUGAGCUAUCCCAUCAGUGGUUUGGUAAUCUGGUCACAAUGGAGUGGUGGAACGAUCUGUGGCUAAAUGAAGGGUUUGCUACUUUCAUGGAGUAUUUCUCUUUGGAAAAAAUAUUCAAAGAGCUCUCCAGUUAUGAAGAUUUCUUAGAUGCUCGAUUUAAAACCAUGAGGAAAGAUUCCCUGAAUUCAUCUCAUCCAAUAUCAUCAUCAUGUGUUGAGUCUUCAGAACAGAUUGAAGAAAUGUUUGAUUCUCUUUCCUAUUUUAAGGGAGCUUCCCUCUUGUUGAUGCUGAAAACUUAUCUUAGUGAAGAUGUAUUUCAACAUGCUAUUGCUUUUUACCUGCAUAAUCAUAGCUAUGCAUCCAUUCAAAGUGAUGAUCUGUGGGAUAGUUUCAAUGAGGUCACAAACAAAACACUAGAUGUAAAGAAAAUGAUGAAAACCUGGACCCUGCAAAAAGGAUUUCCUUUAGUGACUGUUCAAAGGAAAGGAAAGGAACUCCAUGUACAACAAGAAAGAUACUUUUUAAAUAUGAAGCCUGAAAUUCUGCCUUCAGAUGCAAGCUAUCUCUGGCAUAUUCCACUAUCCUGUGUCACUGAGGGAAGAAAUUACUCAAAAUAUCCAUUAGUAUUUUUACUGGACAAGAAAUCAGAUGUCAUCAAUCUUACAGAAGAAGUGCAGUGGGUCAAAGUCAAUACAAACAUGAAUGGCUAUUAUAUUGUACAUUAUGAGGAUGAUGAUUGGGAAGCACUAAUCAAACAGCUGAAAGCAAAUCCUUAUGUCCUGAGUGACAAAGACCGAGCCAGCCUCAUCAACAACAUCUUUGAACUUGCAGCCCUAGGCAAGGUAUCUCUUCAGAGGGCCUUUGAUUUGAUUGAUUACCUUGGAAAUGAGACCUAUACCGCACCCAUCACUGAAGCCCUGUUCCAGACUGGCCUCAUCUAUAACCUCCUUGAAAAGCUGGGAUACAUGGAUCUGGCCUCAAGAGUAGUGACCAGGGUAUCUAAAUUACUUCGAAGCCAAAUCCAGCAGCAGACUUGGACUGAUGAAGGCUCCCCGUGUGCCCGGGAGCUUCGGUCAGUCUUGCUGGAGUUUGCUUGCGUCCACGGCCUUGAGAACUGCAGUGCCACAGCCAUGACGCUGUUUGAUGACUGGGUGGCCUCCAACGGAACUCAAAGCCUACCUACUGAUGUCAUGAGUACUGUGUUCAAGGUUGGAGCAAAAACAGAGAAAGGCUGGUCAUUCCUGUUAAGCAAGUAUGUCUCUAUAGACUCUGAAGCAGAGAAGAAUAAAAUACUUGAAGCUCUUGCCAGCUCAGAGGAUGUACGGAAACUUUACUGGUUAAUGAAAAAUAGCCUCAGUGGAGAUAUCAUCCGAACACAAAAGCUGUCAUUCAUCAUUAGAACAGUUGGCCGACAUUUUCCUGGACACUUGUUGGCAUGGGAUUUUGUCAAAGAGAACUGGAACAAGCUUGUACAGAAGUUUCAUCUGGGGUCCUAUACCAUACAAAGUAUUGUUGCUGGGUCGACACACCUGUUUUCAACAAAGGCGCAUUUGUCUGAGGUCCAGACGUUCUUUGAAAAUCAGUCAGAGGCAACCUUUCGGCUUCGCUGUGUCCAGGAGGCUUUGGAAGUCAUCCAGUUGAAUAUCCGAUGGAUGGAGAAGAACCUCAAAACUCUGACGUGGUGGCUCUAGCAUGCACAGCUGCGCCCCAUUUUGUCGCCCAUUCAGAGAGCUAGUUAACAUGGGCUCUGCUGCUUUUGCAAAAAGCCAAGGUGAAGCCAGAAUCGCUGCCGAGUUGUUGGCGCUCUUAGGAGUUCUAGUUCGCUCAGGGCCCGUCUGUAUUUUUCAUCUUUCUUGAAUUGUCUUUGGGCAGUAUGUAGUUAUUUAUUACAAAAUUAUAUUCACCUGUAUGCCAACAUCUACAAAAACAGUAAUUUUUCUACUUCGAAGAUACGCAAAUGGGGGAAAAGCAUCUGUUUUGGCAUUCUGUUCUGUUUCUCAGUAUCCGGAAAGUACUGGCACAGUGCAACAAGGAAGGAUCUACCGUGGGAGCCGCCAUCUUUGCAGGCGCUGCUUUGUCAGCCAUUUGUUGCUUCUUAGUGAUAGACGAUAGAUGUUACUUGAAUGUGGUACAAAACUUAGCUUCAAAAGCUAUGGCAAUGAAGUUGACGAAUCCUACAGCUGUUAGAAAACCGAUCUCAGGUGUGCAGAUCUACUUUGGUUUGAGGUUUUGAUUAAUCCUUUAUUUUCUGAAACAAAGUUUAAAUAAGAUCUAUAACUUAUAUUUUUUUUCUGCAGGGCAGCCAGGUGCUACAGAACUUUUAAAUUUUUGUUGUACUGAAAAACUAAGUAACAAGGACAAAAGAUUAAAUUUUCCAAAUAGGUAAUACUUAUUUUUUCAUCUUUUAGGAAACUGUUUCAAACUGAGUUAGCUUUAAUUAUAAUUAUUUUAUUUAUGAAUUCCAGUAUUCUCCAAAUCUAUACACCUUUAUUACUCCCUGCCAUAGGUACAUCUUACGUUAUAGAGGAAUAUGUCUACACUUAUGGCAAGCAUUUUGUUAAUACUGUUGUCUUUUAUCAUGACUAUCACUGUUACUAGAAUUAGUUUAGGUUGCCUUUGACAUUACCCGAUCAUAGACACUUUCUCUGUGAGUCAUACCUGUGUAGAUUUUCAUGUUAUAUGGUAGCAUAUAUUAGAAGCAUAUUUUAAAAUAGGGUCUUUGAGAAAUUGAACAUUUUUAUUUGAAGUUCACCAUAGUACCUUAAAGGAAUAAAGAGAAUGUGGGAUAGGAGUAACUUGAUUCAGAUUUAAUAUGGUGGGCUUUGAAUUUUUUCUACUAUCAAAAUAGUACUUU